CCCGGUUACUCAGUUUUGUAAGGAAUAAAAAUGCUUGAAUUCAUUUCAACAGGUUUACCCUUCCAUUUCGUUUGUAUUUUGUUCUUUGGUGCUUUAUUGUUUUACUUUGCUCGAAUUUUCUUUAAAAGACGACGUUUGGUGAAUAUCAUAGAAAAACUACCUUCUUUUAAAUUAAGAUUUUAUCACAUUUUCGGUCACGUUCAAUUGCUACUGCCGCACCGAUUAGUUAAGAAACAAUGGCCUCCAAAUGUUUAUGACUUCAUAGCAUUGAAUGGCUACAAUCAUGUUUUCAACAAAGAGAGUAUCACGAACCUGUGGCAGUUCUACAUUCCAUUCGUGUCAGUAUACAAAGCCGAUGCUGUUGAAAUGGUUCUGAAUCACAGCACCGAACUGAAGAAAGCUUGGUUUUAUGACCUUUUGCAUCCUUGGUUGGGAUCAGGAUUGUUAACGAGCUACGAUGAAAAAUGGAGAAGUCGAAGAAAAUUGCUGACACCAGCUUUCCAUUUUCACAUCUUGAAAGACUUUCUGCCCGCGAUGAACAAGCAGUCCAAGAUUUUGGCGAACGUCCUCAAAAAUCAUACAGAAGAUGAAUACGUCGACAUAGUUCCAUUCAUUUCUAAGUGCAGCCUCGAUAUAAUAUGUGAAUCUAUUCUGGGAGUCGAAGUCUAUGCUCAAACGAUGUCGGUUUGCCCCUACCUUAACGCCGUUACUGCCCUGACUAAUGAGGUAUUUGAAAGAAUGCAGAGCCCAUGGCUGUGGCCUAACUUUUUAUUCAGAAUUAGUUCUCUUGGUAGGAAGUUUAAAAAGAAUCUUAAAAUCUUGCAAGAUUUCACCAAUGCGGUGAUUGCUGAGAAGAAGAAGGAAAAAAUACAGAAACAUGCAGAAACCGAAAUGACUGUCUUGGACGAGGACGGAAAGGAACAUCACAGAAUGAAUAAGAGAGCUCUGCUGGAUUUGUUGCUGGACGAACACCUAAACAACAAUGCCAUUUCUGAAACAGAAAUUAGAGAGGAAGUAGAUACUUUUACAUUCGAAGGCCACGACACCACUUCAUUGGCUUUAAGCUGGUCCGUAUACAUGAUUGGCCUGCAUCCGUGGGUUCAAGAUAGAAUCCACGAAGAAUUAGAUUCAGUGUUUGGUGAAAGUGACCGGGAUGUAACUGUGGAAGACCUGAAGAAUCUCAAAUACUUGGAAUGUGUCAUCAAAGAAACUCUAAGACUGUAUCCUUCAGUUGCGGCAUUUGCACGUGAAAUAAGAGAAGAUAUGAAAUUUCAUGAUCUGGAUAUUCCACGUGGAGCCACCUGUGUUGUUUUAUCCUAUUUGCUACAUCGGGAUCCGGAAGUUUUUCCAAAUCCGGAAAAAUUCGAUCCUGACAGAUUCCUGCCAGAAAAUACUGCAGGGAGAAAUCCUUUCGCUUACGUGCCUUUUUCUGCCGGUCCAAGGAACUGCAUUGGUCAGCGAUUCGCUUUGAUGGAAGUGAAAACAGUGCUUUCUUUCAUCCUGAGGAGGUACAGAUUACGCUCCUUAGAUCCUAGGGACAAGAUACAGCUGGUAGAUGAAAUAGUGCUACGACCUCUGAACGGUCUCAGAAUCGAAAUCAAACCCAGGCAUCAAACUCCUGGCUAUCAUCCACCUUAUUACUAUCCUUGAUUUCAACGAACAUCAUUGCGUCACAUUAUUUUACAGUAAAGCCUGUAAUUCAAUAACCCCGAUUAUCCGAGCUCGAUAACUGGUUAUUUCCUUAAGUUGAAAUCCAGAGCUUUAUUAUCCUUUAAGCAGUGUCGUAGAGAGAGAAGGAGAGCCGAUACAAAUUACUGAAGCCCGGUUCUAUAAACGAUCCUGAUUUGAACCUUGGUUUUCUUAUUUUUUAUUUUUCUCUAAAUAUAUUGCACAUACAUAUAUAAUAUAUGAGUUAUUCUUUUUUUAUACACAUUAAGUUCAGAAGUUAAAAUAAUUAAUAAGCAUACAAGCAAUUGUCGCAAAAGCUUUUUGCAGUAUAAAAUUUGUUUUUCUAGUGAAUUAUACUCAUUUAUUGGGCGUUUGGCGGUCAAAUUUUAUUUGUUUCUGCCUAUUGUUUAUUAAAUUGUUUUUAAAUUUAAAUCAAAUAUGCAUUACUUUCUAACAAAAUAAUUAAUCAUGAAAUUGUUUUUCUUAUUAUCCUGUAUUGCGUCAUGCUUGACAGGAUGCCAGAGAUAUCAUUUCCAAAAUAAAUCUAUUUGAAACAUUUUUAUUGCCUAUUUGCACGACUUGUAUGUACACGAAUAUUUACAGAGGUUAAUAAAAUAUAGUUUACGGAA